UUUUUCCUUAUCCACCAAAUCAGAUUCAUCUCUAUUAAACCCUAAACUCCAACCUUCAAAGUUCAAUCCUUGGGUAGAUAAACGAAAAUGCUAGCGCCAGCCAUGAACAGAGCUGUUCUCAGAAAUGUCUCACUACAUAUUCCCAACCAUCUUCUCGAUCCUCUAAAAUCCAUAACAAAUCCUAUCUCAUCAUCAUCUAUAUUUGUUUCUUGGACGCUUUCUACACUCAGAUUCUACUCGUCUGAUUCUGAUUUAUCUCAUAAAGAAAAUUUCACUCGGACCCAGAAGCAACAUGGUGGAGUUGAGGAUGUUGAUGGCGUGAGUAACCAAGAGCUAAAGAGGCGGAUAGAGAAGUACUGCGAGGGGGAUGAAGAGGCGAUUCCUUCAAUAUUUGAAGCCAUAUUGAAGAGGAAAUUAGCAGGGAUUAAAGAUGAGGACUACGAAUUGAUGGAAGAAGUUAGGCGGAAAUCUCCAAGUGAGAAUUUUGAUUCUGAUUCCGAUGAAUUGAAUGAUUCUGAUGGCGAUAAAAAUUGAUGCAAAAUUGCAAUUAUAGAAAUCAAGGCAAUUUCCUAGGCAAGGUCUCCAUGCAAAUAAGUAAAGUACAACUCUUGAAUUAUAGAAAUGUUCCAUAAACCUUCAGGUAGAAACCUCAAAUUAAGACAAUUAUAAAAUUGAAGACGCCUUGGGAAAGCUCCAUUUACAAUCUCGGUCCUUUCUACUAGAUCAUCUGAAGCAAAUUUUCUAGCUCGAGAAAUCCACUUGCUUCGCAAAACUCUUUACGAAUGAGCUUUGCCUUGGAGGCUUUCCAAAGUUCAACAUGUUUUAAUUUGUGAAAGAAUUGAAGAAAAGAUUGGUUCUCCAAGAGAUUAGAAAGACAUAGUACUAGAGUAGUUAGGUUUUUCAUGGAGGGAAGCCAGUUAGGCAAUUCUACUAGACCACCAUGUAAAAUAAGCUGUUGAAGAUGAGGUGGAAGAGAAAAA